AUGUCAAAGAAUUAUUCGAUAUAUAUUGUAUUAUGGCUUUUAAUUCAAUUAGUAAUUGAAGUAAAUUGUCAAAUGGAGCCUUUCAAGCCAUUAAAGCGAUAUGCUCACACUGCUACACUUAUUGAUAAUAAACUUUACAUCUUAGGUGGUCGAGUUACUACAACUACUAAUAAUGAAAAUAUUGGAAGACAAUUUUUUUAUCUUGACGUUUCUGUAUCAUUUAAUACUAAAAAUUUAAUAUGGCAUGAUCUAACUGAUAUUAAUAUUAUUCCAGCGCAUCGCGCCGCUUCAUCUGCAAGAGGUGGUGUAUAUAAUGAUACUUUAUUUUUAUAUGGAGGAGGAAAUGAUAAAGUCGAUCUGGAAUUAGUUUAUACAUUUGAUACAAAAAGCAAUUCAUGGAGUAUUCCAAAACUAGCUGGAAAUGAAGAUACUUUCAAGAUAAAAUUUAACCUAAGGGGCAUCGUUGAUUAUAAUGGGAAUAUGUAUUUGUUCGGUGGAAAUUAUAGAGAUAGAAUAACUUUUUAUAAUGAUAUGCUUAUUUUAGAUACAAUAAAUUUGAAUUUGAAAGUAGGAAGUUCAGUUGAUGCUCCUACUCCAAGAAAUCUUUAUGGUGCAACUUUCGUUCCAAAUAAUUUCAUUAUUUAUUUUGGUGGUUCUAUGAAUAAUACUAAUAAUGCUUAUCCACUAAAAGAGGUUUACUUAUAUGAUACGAUUAAUGAUAAUUGGAGUAUAAAGGCAAGUUUAAUUGAUGGAUUUUAUCUAGUAACAACUUUAGGUACAAUUCCUUCGGAUAGAAAUGCUUUUUCUACUGUCCUCGGGUUGGAUGGACAACGAGUAAUAAUUUUUGGAGGAGCAAAUUCAAAUAAAAACAUUUUACUUCCAGAAGCACUUUAUGUAUUAAAUUUGACAAAUUUUGAAUGGUCCAUUCCAAAAACGUCUGGAAAAACGUCUGCAGAGUCAAGACGUUGGCAUGGGGCAAAUGUAAUUAGAAAUUACAUGGUUAUAACAUUUGGUAAAUAUUAA